AUGGCAUUAGUGGGCUCCUUACUCGCCAUCAUCAACGAGAUCUCCGCGCUCGGCGAUCGCCUGCGCAGCCACAAGCGCUCGUGUCAGAUUCUCAUCCGUCGGAUCAAGCUGCUCGCGCCGCUCUUCGAGGAGAUUAGAGACGUCAAGAGCCCGCUCCCGCCGGCGGCGGUGGUGGCGUUUCAGAGCAUGCGGGCCGCGCUUAGCGCCGCCAAGACCAUUCUCGUGGACUGCAGCAGCGGAAGCCGCAUCUGGAUGGUCAGUGCGCCUUACCUCCCUUCUCCCUACCGCCCUUCUUUCCCUAAUCCAUCUAUAUGGUCAGUCGACCUUAUCGAUCGUUACCCCUCGCUUUCCUUCCCCCCCGCUUCUUACCUUACUCAUCUUAACAAUCAGGGUUGUAACGUUGCACCUUGCUCCUCGCAUCGCAUCACCUUCCUGCGUCCUCGCUUUCCCGCCACAUCAUCUCCUCCCUCCCCGCGCUCCCGCCCUCCCCGCGCUCCCGCCCUCCCCGCGCUCCCCGCUCACCCCGCUCUCCCGCAUUUCACUCGCCCCUACGCCUCGCGCCUCUCUGAUGUGAUGGAGCGCGAGGCGAUGGCGGAGCGCAUGCGCGCGGUGAACCUGGAGCUGAGCGGCGCGCUGGCGGACCUUCCGAUGAACGUGAUGGCGAUCUCGGAAGAAAUCCAGGAGCAGACGCAACUCGUGCAAGUGCAGUUGAAGCGCAGCCGAGCAUUGGACGACGCGCAGGAAGAGCAGCUAUAUGCGGACGUGCGCCACAUCCUCUCUGACCCGCGCCUGGGCGGCCCUCCCCUCAACAGCUCCGCCCGUCACCCCGGCCCCGCCGCUGCUGCUGUUGCUGCCGCUGCUGCUGCUGCUACUGCUGCACCCGGCGCCUCUGCCGCUGUCUCCGCCUCUGCAGCUGCUUCCCAGGGGGAAGUUGACGGGUCAGGACCGAUGAUUGACUUGUCUGCCGUGCCGCAGUCGCCGCACCCCUCUGCUCCUCCUCCCUCCCCGGCCGUUCUCUCCGCCUUCCCCUCCUUCCCUCAUACACGUGCGGAGAUUGACAAGGUUGCUGCUUCUGCUGCUGGUGUUACGAUCACAGUGUUACCGUCUGGUGUGACAGGAGAGGAAGGGGCAGGGGCGGGAGGGUCUGCAGCAGGAGGAGCAGGGGGGGCAGCUGGGCGGUUUCCGUCAUUACCCUCGCUAAGUUCCGUGGAAGCAGGGUUACUAGACCCGGUUUUGGGCAAGCUAGGGCUGAUCUCCCUGCCUGCUGUUCUCGAGGAGAUAGCCUCGCUAAAACGAGCGCGGGAUCAGCUUAUAGAGGAGACGGAUGCAGCAGUGGCAAGCGGCAAAGGGGGUGGGGGUGGGGGUGGGGAAUCUGCAAUGGAACGGCUGAGGCUGCGACUAAAUGAGGAGCUCAGGAAGGGGGCAGAGAUGAGUUUUUCAGGAGAGGAGGAGGGAGGGUCUAGUGGGGGGCGAGGGGAAGGGAAAGAGGAGGGCCCUUCUGUUUCUUCCAAGUCUCUGGUUUCACCCAAAAGUGCAGUUUCUUCUAGAGGGGGGGAUGGGAGGUCGGGGGAUGGCAGCGUGUGUUCAAGAGCGGAUGCAGAGCGGAGGGUUACGUUGGAGAGUAGAAAGAAUGAGAAGCUAAGGGAGGUUGAGAAGAUUAUACUGUUACUGGAGCGGCUUAAAGUGAGUCUAAGCGGAGGGAUGGAGGACAGGGAGGAGGGGAGCGGUGGAAUGAGGAAGUCGGGGAGUGGGGAUGGGUCGGGAGGGGAGGAGGGGAAUCCGGAGGAUGGGGUGGAUAGGGGCGGCAUCGGCGUGGGCACUGGGUCGGCGCUGCGGUCGAAGUCCGGGCGGCUGGUGGUGCCUCCGGAUGACUUCCGUUGUCCUAUCUCGCUGGAGAUUAUGAGGGAUCCGGUGAUCGUCUCUACAGGCCAGACGUACGAUCGAGCGUACAUAGAGCAGUGGCUCAAGGAGGGUCACAAGACGUGCCCCAAGACGCAGCAGAUCCUGUCCCAGCCCGCCUCGCUCAUCCCCAACUUCUCCCUGCGAAGCCUCAUCCAGCAAUGGUGCGAAGCCAACAAUGUUGAACUACCCAAGAGAACGCACAAGUCAGGCCACAGGCACCGCCAUCACAGCAGCAAGCAUGGUAGCAGCAGCAGCAGCAGUGGUGGUGGUAGCAGCAGCGGGGGUAGAAGUGCGGGUGGGAGCGGUGGGGGUGGUGGGUCCGGUGGGGGAGCAGGUGGGACCGGGGACGGAGGCUCGGCGGAGAUUUCGCUCUCGGAUCGACAUCAGGUGAUGCAGCUUCGGGACCGGCUUCGCUCGCCGGAUCUGGAGGUUCGAAAGGGUGCUGCGGUUGACGUAAGGCUGCUGGCGAAACGAAGUGUGGAGAACCGGGUUGCAAUGGCCGAAGGAGGCAUCAUUCCCCUCCUGGUCGAAUUACUCACUGACCCUCUCCCAGCUGAUGCCAAAAUGCAGGAGCAUACGGUUACCGGGUUACUAAACUUGUCAAUCAACGACCCGAACAAGAGCCUGAUUGUCUCAGCUGGAGCCAUCCCGGCUAUAGUUCGGGUUCUGGAGAAAGGAGGCAGCAUGGAGGCUCGAGAAAACGCGGCAGCGGCGCUGUUCUCGCUCUCAGUCAUGGAUGAAAACAAGAUUUCGAUCGGGCAGGCGGGAGCGAUACCGGCCCUGGUGGACCUGCUUCAGCAUGGGUCAACUCGGGGAAAGAAAGAUGCGGCUACUGCAAUCUUCAACCUGUCGAUCUACCAGGGGAAUAAGGCAAGGGCUGUGCGUGCCGGGGUGGUUGCGCCUCUUGUGGAUCUGCUCGUGCAUCGUCGAUCGGGCAUGAUGGACGAGGCUCUCGCGAUCCUGGCCGUCCUUUCGACGUCCCCAGAGGGGCGGACGGCGAUAGGAGAGGCGACUGCAGUGCCUAUUUUAGUGGAGCUUAUGAAAGAUGGGUCUCCGAGGAACAAGGAGAAUGCGGCUUCGGUGCUGCUCUCGCUGUGUUUGAACGGCAGGGAGCACACGGAGCUUGCGGUGCAGUGCGGUGCUGUGCCGCCGCUGCAGCUGCUGCUGAGGAGUGGCACGCCCAGGGCUAAGCGGAAGGCGUCUCAGCUUCUGCAGCACCUGCAGGACCAGGAGCUAAUGUCCAAGAGGAGUUAA